CUUCUCCUGCAGGCGUCGACUGAUCCGAAGCUCCAAUCUCCGAUGUAUUUCUUCCUCUACCACCUCGCCUUUGUGGACAUCGUCUACACCGCAACCAACAUCCCCAAGAUGCUCUCCGGCUUCCUGAUAGACGUGAACACCAUCUCAGUCCCGGGCUGCUUCCUCCAGAGGCAAUUUGUCAUUCAACUAGCAGUUACUGAAUACGCCAUCCUGACCGUCAUGGCGUACGACCGCUACGUGGCCAUCUGCCACCCGCUGCGCUACACCGCCAUCAUGACCCGGACCGUCCGGCUGCUCCUCAUCAUAGGAGCCUGGGCCUUCGGCACCUUCUGCUCGCUGCCGUCCACUUUCAUGACCUGGCAGCGGACUUACUGCGGCCCGAAUGUAAUAACACAUGCCUGGUGCGACCCGUCGUCUGUGAGGCGGCUGGUCUGCGGCGACACCACGCCAGAUAACAUUGUGUCCAUUUCCUUCGCCAUAGUGUCGCUUCUCACCACAGGAGUCCUCAUCCUCACAUCCUAUAUCCUGAUUGGUAUUUCCAUAUCGAGGAUGAGUGUUGCUCAAAGGCUGAAGGCCUUCGGGACGUGUGCCGCCCACCUGACUGUGGUGUCCACCUCCUACAGCAUGACCUCGUUUGUAUACAUCUCCUACCGGGUGGGGAACUUUUCAUCUGGGGAACGUAUCAUUGUGGCUGUGGUGUUCUCCACUCUGACUCCUUUCCUGAACCCGAUGAUCUACAGUCUGAGGAACAAGGAGCUCCGUGAGUCCAUCAGGAGGACCCUGAGCAGGUUCAGACCUGGAGAGAAAGCCUACUAACCCCACGCCCACAAACUGAACAACUUGAUGUCCAUUUGCACAACAACCUAAUAUGCUUUUAAAACUAGUCUUUUGGAAUUUAUUGGAAUAUAAUGUGCCAGUCACCGGAUAUAACCCUGAUUGAGAUGCAGAUUUCAAAUGCGAUGUAUACAUGUCCAAAGAACACUUCUAAAACCAGAAUAAUACCGGCAUCUCCAACAUGUCUUAAUAGAAAAAUGCUAAAUCUGUAAAAAGGCCUUAUUCGGUA